AUGAGUGAGAGCACUAUUUACCAAUUCACAGCCAAGGAUUCGGAUGGAGCCGAUGUUUCAUUGGAGAAGUACAGGUAAUUUAAAAGUUUAAUAUUAUUAUCAAUGAGGUUUUUGGUAAGAUGCACAGAGGGUUUCUCUAUAAUACAACAAUUUUUUCGUGCCCGAUACGAGUAAUCGUUGGAUGUGCUAUUCCAAGGCUUACUUGAGUGGAAACCGACCCAUCCAAUUUAUAGAAAAUUAGCUUCUUGUCUAGUGUAAUAUAAAUUUUUUUUGCUUUCAGAGGAAAGGUCGUGAUCAUUGUGAACACUGCUUCUCAUUGUGGCUUCACGAACUCGAAUUACGCUCAGCUGAAGGAAUUGUUGGACAAGUACAAGAGCCAAGGUCUUGAAGUUGCCGCGUUCCCAUGCAACCAGUUUGGACGACAGGUACGCUCUUUUUAUUGCGUCUUUUGUGGAUUUUAGUAGAUGAAGAUUUCGGCCUUACAAGAGUUGAUUACUUCGCUUUUUGAUAUUGAUACGAAAAAGGUUAUGAAAGCAGCUAAUGUGUUGCAAAUGUUUUCAGGAGCCCGGAUGCAACGCUGACAUCAAGAAUUUCGUCAAGGACAACUUCAAAUUCGAUCCCGAUCUCUAUGACAAGAUUGAUGUCAACGGAAAGAAUGCCCAUCCUUUGUUCGCCUACUUGAAGGAGAAUGCUCCCGGCUUCCUCUUCAAUGCCAUCAAGUGGAAUUUCACAAAGUUCCUGGUCAAUCGCAAAGGAAAAGUGAUCGCUCGUUAUGCCCCCACAACAAAGCCAUUGGACAUGGUCAAGGACAUCGAAAAGGCCCUUGCCGAAGAAGCCUAA